GGGUGACGCAGCAGGGCCAACCCUCUUCGGGGUCCCUUUUGUUAAACCAUCAAACAUAAGCACCUUUGGAGAUCCCGAGGGGUUCAGAUGAGAAACAGCUAUCAUCUUGUGCACGGAGAGAUCAGUUAUCAGCAGCGCAGCCAUGUCGAGGUCUUUUUACGUCGACUCUUUAAUAAUCAAGGAUACGGUUCGACCUGGACCGGUUGAGCAUCCAGGACAAGACUUCCUUAUUCCCAUUGGCAUGCAUUCUCCCAGCGUCAUGACGGUCACCGCUCCCGUGUGUCCAUCCAGGAAAACGGGGACUUUCUGUGUUUGCCCGCUGUGCGUCACGUCCCACAUCCACUCUUCCCGCAGCGGCAUACCCAUGCUGAAGAGUCAGUUUCCAGGAGCGGAGGCGCAGUACUGUCAGAGGAUAGCGCAUCAUCAGUCUUCUGCACUCGCGCACCCGGGACAUACACCUGUCUGCACGCCCACCUUCAGCGUCACAGAUCCCAGGAGAUACCACUGUCUUUCUAUUGGCGCCUCCGACAACAGCCACAUACAGAAUGGCAAGAGGAUGCGCACGGCUUUCACAAGCACGCAACUCCUGGAACUGGAAAGGGAGUUUUCCACGAACAUGUAUCUCUCAAGACUCAGGAGAAUCGAAAUCGCCACGUAUUUGAGCCUGUCAGAGAAGCAGGUGAAAAUCUGGUUUCAGAACCGCAGGGUGAAGCACAAGAAGGAGGGGAAAGCCACCCAAAGGAGCGCGCACAGCGGUUGCAAGUGCGCAACCGUCCACACAGACUACUCGAGGUCAGAGGACGAGGAGUCUCUGUCUCCGGCCUCUGCUUCGGAAGAGAAAGAGGUGUCACCCAUCUGAGAGAAACACGAAUCUCCAGAUCCCACUGCUGGGACUUCUAUCUGCCCUGCUGUAGCUAUGGGUUACAGCGUUUCGCAACCUCUGGGCCAAAAACCUCCUGCAUGAAGUCUGAGAAAAAAAGUUUCACAAACGUCAGUUGUUCUUCACUUCAUGUUUAUCCUGCUUUUAAAUUAAAGGAAAAGUGUAAAUACAUGUUUGGUGAAAUAACGGGACUCAUCACCUAUGUGUGUCGUAAUGAUGAUGUAAUUCUGAUCCCCCAGGGGUCCCCAAUACCCAGGUCUAGUUCACUAUCCCCAGUAAAUGUUUUCAACUACUGCCCGACAUCCCAUUACUGUCGGCUAAGUUUUGUGGUAAUGAAAGCCCUUUGAAAUAGUAAAGGCCUGCCCCGUGUGGAACCUGUGCGCAACCAUCUGUAAACUAUGUAUAUGUGUAUUUAUUGUAAUAAACAUGACGAGUUGACCUAA